CCUGGUCAGCACCAGUUAAUCCACCCGGCCGGUGGAGAACACUCGAUCUCCAAAGAGGUUCUCAGGAAUUUCAACAGAAAAAAGUUUGACAGCAGGCUGGAUCUCUUUUCUUUCCACAGAAACAAAAGUUGAAGUAUCAACUUCUAAAGCAGGAAAUAAGAGCGUAGAGAAGGGUGCAGCCUGUUCAGAGGGACAGUGACUCACAGACACACACAGACACACACAGACACAGAUACACACACACUGCAGAGACCUUGCUGAGUGAGGAGAAGGAUGAAGAUGAAGAUGAAGAUGAAGCUGCUUUUUGUUCCUAUUGUGAUGGUUGUGAUGUCAGUGCCGGGUGUGACAACAUAUUUUCAAACCACCUCGACUACAUGGACCACAGGUGCACCUCAUUCUGCAGUAAAUUUGGAUGGGAAGAUGUUCACCUUAUCUUCUAAUGGAGGAGGAAUCACCUUCUAUCCCGCCUCCUACACCCCCCCCAACCCUAGGACUAAGACCACCACCACCACCGCCCCUAGGACCACCACCACCCCUAGGACCACCACCACCCCUAAGAUCACCACCACCACACCUAAGACCACCACCACCACCGCCCCUAGGGCCACCACCACAACCCUUAAGACCACCACCACCACCACCCCUAAGACCACCACCACCACCACCCCUAAGACCACCACCACAACCACCCCUAAGACCACCACCACCACCCCUAAGACCACCACUACCACCACCCCUAGGACCACGCCGCUUUCAACUACAGGUUUGUCUGUGUGUCUGCGUUACCUCACUGACUAUUGGACAACAAGAGACCCCCCACUCCUCAAACUCUUCCCAUCCAGCUCAGACCCUGUGACUCUGGGAACCAGCUCCGGUGUUUUCUACUCACUGAACUGGGGGUAUUAUUACACACAAACUUUCAAAACCAACGUUCAAUUCUGGCCUGGAGGUUUUUCCCCGGACAUAUGGACCAGAGUCUGUGUCACUGUGGACAGUGCAAAGAAUGUAGGGCAGGUGUUCAGUGGAUCAAACAUGAGCAUCAGGAAGAUACUGCCCCAUCAGCUUCCACAGGGACAAGAGCCUGUGAUCUAUGUUCCAGGAUUUGAUGGUCAGUUGACAGACGUCCAGAUGUGGGAUUAUCCUCUAAACUACAGAGAAAUCAUCCAAUACAUGAGGCCCAGCACCUACAGGCCGUCCCGUGGCUCUGUCCUCACUUGGUCCGACAUCAGCUACUCUCUCCGUGGAAACGCUCUGUUGGAGGACACGUACGAGACGCAGGAGCGACAGCCAAUCAGCAAAAGGGGGAGGGGCCGUGGCCUGUGGGGAGAGAAGAAGAGCAGGAUGGUUUUUAAAGUGGAGGAGAGUAAGAAAAGAGAGGGAGAGUUUCAGUAAAACAUACAGAAGCAGAUGGAGAGCAAGCUGCAUCCUCUGUUCCUCAUUUAAUCAUCCAAUAACAACUCAGAAUGAAUCAAUAAUCAUCCAAUAAUAACUCAGAAUGAAUCAAUAAUCAGCAUUUAUCAAUAUCAAAGGAGAAUAAUAAAAUGUGGUCUGUCAUCCUAAUAUUUUUUUCAUUUGCAGUGUGGUUACCAUGACCCCAUCAACAAAUAAAGGCUAAUUUCCACACUA